CCAGUCUCUCUCGCUCUCUUCCCCCUGCAUUUGGCCUUCCAAAUUUUGGUUGCUCUUCCUCAAAAAAAAAAAAAAAACCGAUUCGUAUAUACCUUCCGAUCCGAAUACAUUAAUGCACUUCCCCCAUCGACGCAUGAACUUUCAUGAGUUCAAUUGGAGAGUAUAAAUCACGGGAAUUCAUCCUUGGAAGACAUCUCUCGACCGCUGCUGCGACGUUCCCAUCUUCCCCUUUAGCUGCGAUUCCUGCUUGAUUCCUUGACCAAAGACCCGACUUUGGCAAGUGGGGUUUCGGUUUGGUUUCGAUGGAAGAGAUGUACGGGCUGUACUCCACAGGCGGCGGCGGGGAUUGCUACUACUACGGCGGCGGGCCGGUGGAGGACGGGCCCCUCAUGUCCCCGGAGGGCCUGCUCCCUCCGCCGCCUCCCCCGUUCCCCGAGUACAAUUCGGGUUUCCUCUGCCCGUCCUCGGGAGGCGGCGGAGGGUUCCGAGACUACCGUGGCAGUUUCGCGGGGUACGACGUGUUCGGGUCCGAUGAGUUGGCCUCGGCGAUAUCUGAGGCGGCCUCUAUCAAUAUAAGUGAUCAUCAUCAUCAUAAUCAUCAACUUCAUCGGGAGGACGACGUCGUCGCGGAGAGCACCGUGAAGGGCAAAAUUAAGUCCCACCCUUCGUACCCUCGUCUGCUCCAAGCGUACAUCGACUGUCAAAAGGUCGGGGCGCCUCCGGAGAUCGCGAGGCUGUUGGAAGAGAUUCGGAGGGAGAACGACUACGCUUGCAAGCGAUCAUCAGAUGAAGGCGUUCCCUCUUACAGCCUAGGAGUCGAUCCCGAGCUCGACGAGUUCAUGGAGACAUACAUUGAUAUGUUGGCGAAGUACAAAUCCGAUCUCGAGAGGCCAUUUGAUGAAGCAACCACCUUCCUUAACAAGAUUGAGUUGCAGCUCAGCAACCUCUCCACGACAAGCCUUUCCGAUGAAGGGUUUGUAUCCUCAGACGAGGAGUUCAGCGGAGGGGAGGUGGAGGCUUCGCUGGAAGCACAACCGAGGUCUAUGGAUCGUGGCCUCAAGGACCGGCUUCUACAUAAAUUUGGGAGUCACAUUAGCUCGUUGAAGCUCGAAUUCUCGAAGAAGAAAAAGAAAGGGAAGCUCCCAAAAGAAGCGAGGCAGACUCUGCUCGAAUGGUGGAAUGUUCACUACAAAUGGCCUUACCCCACAGAAGCUGACAAGAAGAUUCUCGCCGACUCGACCGGUCUCGACCAGAAACAGAUCAACAAUUGGUUCAUAAACCAGCGGAAGCGUCACUGGAAGCCUUCCGAGAGCAUGCAGUUUGGUCUCAUGAACAAUCAACCCGGGCAGUUCUACUCCGACGACUGAGGUGCAUUUCGUAUAGCCUCGAACAUAUUUGGCGAUGAAAGUGCCGGAAAUCAUGCUUGCCUUCUGUCAUCUGGGGCAAAAUUCCUAGGGUCGGGGGGACGGAAAAAAAAAAGGAAGGGGGACUUAUAUUUAUUAAACAUUCAAAUGCUCUCUACAUAAGUGGAGACAAUUAUAUUGGCAUCAUCAUUUGUAUAUUUGAAAUUCAAGCGAGAAUGGUAAUGAAAUGUUUACAAGUAA